UAACCGUGCAUCAUCGCAGCAGACAAUGACCUUGCUGUGCGCAUCACAGGGUCCAGAGAACCGUUAAGUUAACAGUCCAGCCACCUAGUCUACGCUCAUCUGACAGCUCCUUCUACAUCUCGUGGGUUUCUGAGGCUCCGUCUAUUCCCGUGUUGACACUCGCGCUUUGCCCUUCUCAGAUUUUGACUUCCAAAGGCCAAAGCUUCUCAUCCUCCUCGUCUGCAAUUGUACAAGGUGCAUCCAGCAUAGACCCUUCCUUCCAGAAAAAGCAAAAGUCUUGUAAUCAGCCUUGUGUUUCGCUUUCAUUAAGGACCCCAUCAUUGUGUAGGUGGAAAGGCAAAGAGCAUACGCGGACGAAGAGAUUAGCUUCUGCCGACCUCGGGAGUAUCACCGGACCUAUCCCACCAAGCCUACUGUUUCUCCGAAGUUCACCGGAUUGAUACACGACCCAACUGACGUAGAUUGGUCUUACAUCAACUAACUCCAAGAUGACUCGCGGACCUAUCACCUGCGACACUAGCCUCCCAAAAACACCGAAGACGACUUUAGCACCAGCCACGCCAACAACCUCGGUCGCACCCCCUAAGACCCCACCGUCGACGAAAUUUCCUCGCAAUCCGUCGAACAAAUUCUGGGCCCAGGAACAGCAGAGAAGAUUAUUCCUGGAACACCUGAAACGAUGGUCCUUGAGCCACGACUCGAGCACUUUCUUCCAAGGCAAGAUAAGUUUGCUUCCUCCUGAGCCUGGUGUGAAUGAGGGUCUGGCGCUGGGCAAGACUGUGACCUGUAUCCUGACCGACUCGAGCUUUACGGAUUUCAGGAAGACUGUUGCUAUUAGACUUUUCAACCCGCAAAAGAACAGUAAGAAGGGCACGACAGGCCAUUUUGAACGGAAUAUGAAGAACAAGAGCAUGGACCUAUUCAGAAGCGAUAUGAGGCUCGCUGAGCACCGAGAAGAUUGUUAUACUAGAGAAGAGGAUGCGUGGCCAUUGUCUCCGUCAAAGCUGAACCCAUCGACCAGCUACUACUACAAACUCGUCAUCCGUUACGGCUCUGGCUGGCUCUCAGCACGCGACUACCUAAACAAACUCUACUUCUCGCAUUUCGCAGCUCGUUUCCCAGGCCGGAAUGUCAACUGCGUCACGGGCACGGCCGACCACUUUUUUGGCGUUCGUUCCAAAGCUCUUGGUCCACCACCCUGCGAUAGAGACACAGUACCCAUCCAGCCGCUCUUUCAUCCCUUCCAACGCCUACCCACUGAGCUACAGGAGAUGAUCCUCAUGACAGCCGUCGGUCUGACACGCGAUUGCGAUCUCACCAACGACCCGCGCAGAAACUGCAGCAACAAUCCAAAAGCUACCGAGAGACCAAUCAGUCUAUCAACCAUGCUACGAAUCUCACGCCAUAUCUACACCACAAUGCAACCGUAUAUAUUCCAUAGCACGACUUUUCACUUCGGCCUAAGCGGCACUACAAACUUCCUCUGGCAAUCUGGACCCGUUCAUCGCCCUCAGAUACGGCGUCUGGCUUUCCAUUUUGGGAAGAAUGCUUUACUCCACUGUGUGCGUUGGUUAGCCGCAGAUCCUAUCUUUGAUCUCUUGGAACCCCCGCAACCGAAUGGUGGUUCUGGAUUACCGCUCUUCUGGCGCUGUCAGUUGCGCGCUCUGGCACAGGAAGUGCAUCUUUUGGAACUUGUUGUUGAUAUUGAGGGGAUACCGAAAGCGGAUAUUGCCAUGGUGGUUAGGAUAUUAAGGGGUGUGUUUGGCAGUGUUGAGAGAGUGAAGUUUGUGGAUGGUGCUGCGCGCGGUAAAACAGAGGUUGUUGACAAGGGAGACGAGAGGUUAGCUGGCCUUGGGAUAGGCUCGUGGAGGGACAUGGUGAAGGGAUACAUCGAGAGGUAUCGCCGCCAGAUUGGCUGGCACAAUUGGCAUUUCAAGAUGGACUUGGUGCCGCUGAAGGAGGAAGAGGUCGAUGAUUUGAUGGAUAAGGAGAUGGAGUUUUUUGAUAAUUGAUGACUGUGAAUCGAUGCUAACGAUACAGGACGGGCGUUUCUUUGGGUAAUGAUCUAAGGGGAACGGGCUACGAAUCAUGAGUCAUGCAUUCAAAUUCUCUGUAUAUAUUGCUAGAAGUUCUUAGAAUGUGUGUUAUAGUUCCAGCACGAUAUGAGGGGUCCUUAGAACAUCAUAUCGAAGAUAAAACAGGGCGGUGACUUAAACACUGCUAUUGAUGCUCUACCGACAGGGUGGAAAUGAUAAAGCUACAGCGAUGUUACAGUAAAAUUGUCGGGCUCGUUUGAUGUUCUAACGCCGCUAUGGCAUCGCUUUUAUGAGAGGCUUUCU